AUGAGGAGAACUGAUGAUCUCAUAGACACAGCUGGCGGUUCAGAUCUGCCGAAGAGCGAAGAGGAUGAGGCAGUCGACAGGAUCAGCGGCUUGCCCAAGGAGGUCCGCCUCCACAUACUCUCCUUCCUGCCGUUCAGGUGCGCCGUCCGUGCAUCGUUGAUGCUUCGGCCGUUCCGUGGCCUCUGGAGAUAUCUGAGCAGUCUGUCCCUCAAGGAUUACGAUUACCGUUAUGAUUUCCAUACCUGCGAUCCUUCUCCUUCUGAAUCUGGUGGUGACAGGCUCUGGAAUUUCGUCGAUCAUGUGUUGGCGCUACACGAGAGCCCCGAAAUCCAUACGUUCCAAAUCGUGGUGGGCUCCUAUGCGGGAGUAAAUUCAAGCAGAGAUAGAUUGCAUGAGUGGAUAUCCUUCGCACUGAAGAAAAAGGUGAAGGCCCUCGAUGUUAACCUACUGAUGUAUCGUCACCCAGGAGGAUCACAGCUAGCUCGUUGCAGCGUGCCAAGUGCUGUUUUUACUACUAGUAGUCUGGUGGAGCUUCAUUUGAGUGUACCUAAUGUGGAAUUUGGAGAACAGAUUCAGUUGGAAUCGCUUCAAAAGUUGUGGAUGUGUGAUGUUCGUUUAAGUGAGGAGGUGAUGCGUAAGUUGAUUUUGGGUAGCCCGUCAUUGAAGAAGGUGUCUCUCCGGAAUUGCAGUGGCCUACGAGUUCUGAAGAUAGAUAGACAUCCAUCACUUGAAGAAUUGAAUGUCCGCCAAUGUAGAGUCCUGGAAGAAGUGGAUCUUGCUAGUUCGGGCAUCAAAAUAUUGGCCGUCUUCAUCCUUAAACCGAUAAAUAAGAUAAUCUGUCCAAAUGUCUCGACACUUGAACUGGAGGGACCGAAACUGGAUGGAGUAAAUCUGGAGACCGGCUCUUCCCUUAAUGAUGUGGCUCUCUAUUUCCAUCGUAGUGGAAAUUUCUUUCUGGAAGAAGGAGAUGUUGGCGCUUUCCUGGUGCAUGACAUCACCAGGCGUGCGACUUUUGAGAACAUCGGAAGGUGGCUGAGGGAGUUGAGGGACCACGCUGGCCCCAAAAUCUUGGUCAUGCUCAUUGGCAACAGGUCUGAUCUCCGCCACCUAGUGGCAGUCCCACUAGAGGAUGGGAAGCCACUCGCCGAGAAUGAGUUAGGCCGAGGUCCUUACUCAGAUUUAUCCGACCAUAAGCAAGAAAGCAGUUGA